GACCAUUCAGUUCAAACGCAUCUCUCUCUCUCUCUCUCUCUCUCUCUCUCCCUCCCUCUCUCUCCCUCUCUCUCUCCCAUCAGACAGAACUUGAAGAAGAUGGGCAGAAGCAGCACGGCGAUGGCUCUGGCUUUGGUCGUUUUGGCCUUCAUUGAGUGCGAAGCAGUGACGCGAUACGUCGUCGGAGACGGCAGAGGCUGGACUGCUCCGCCCAACAUCACCGCAGGCUUUUACGACGAAUGGGCUGCCAAUAAAUCCUUCGAGGGCGGCGACACUCUAGAAUUCGGAUACAACGGAACGCAUAGCUUAGCCGCCGUAUCAAAAGAAGAAUACGACAGCUGCGCCAAGGUCUCUUCCUUUGCUGACGGGACCAAUGGCCAAGGCUACGGAUAUCAACUCCCGAAAAAGGUUGGAGUGUACUACUUCAUCUGCACAGUUGACUCACAUUGUGAGGCCGGCCAGAAGCUAGCCAUCAAUGUCACCUCCACCACCUCCGCCGGCUUCACAAUGUGGUCAUCGCCAUCGCCGUUGACUUCUGGUGCCAUCUCCAUGGUCCUCUACACUUUUGCCUUGUUUCUACUUGGUCAUUAAAGA